GGUACACGGUGGGCAACCUCAGCUCCAAGCCGGAGCGGGACGUGCUCAUGCAGGACUUCUACGUGGUGGAGAGCAUUUUCUUUCCCAGUGAAGGGAGCAACCUCACCCCCGCCCACCACUUCCAGGAUUUCCGCUUCAAGACCUAUGCACCUGUUGCCUUCCGCUACUUCCGGGAGCUCUUCGGCAUCCGGCCAGACGAUUACUUGUACUCGCUGUGCAACGAGCCACUCAUCGAGCUGUCCAACCCCGGGGCCAGCGGCUCCGUCUUCUACGUCACCAGCGACGACGAAUUCAUCAUCAAGACCGUCAUGCACAAGGAGGCCGAGUUCCUGCAGAAGCUGCUACCUGGCUACUACAUGAACCUCAACCAAAACCCACGCACGCUGCUGCCCAAGUUCUACGGGCUGUACUGUGUGCAGUCAGGCGGCAAGAACAUCCGCGUGGUGGUCAUGAACAACGUGCUGCCCCGCGUUGUCAAGAUGCACCUCAAGUUUGACCUCAAGGGCUCCACGUACAAGCGCAGGGCGAGCAAGAAGGAGAAGGAGAAGAGCCUGCCCACCUACAAGGACCUGGACUUCAUGCAGGACAUGCCGGAAGGGCUGCUGCUGGACUCCGACACCUUCGGCGCCCUGGUCAAGACGCUGCAGCGCGACUGCCUGGUGCUAGAGAGCUUCAAGAUCAUGGACUACAGCCUCCUGCUGGGCGUGCACAACAUUGACCAGCAGGAGCGCGAGCGCCAGGCCGAGGGAGCGCAGAGCACGGCUGACGAGAAGCGGCCGGUGGCACAGAAGGCCCUGUACUCCACGGCCAUGGAGUCCAUCCAGGGUGGCGCUGCCCGUGGGGAGGCCAUUGAGACAGAUGACACGAUGGGCGGGAUCCCUGCCGUGAACGGGCGAGGGGAGCGGCUGCUGCUGCACAUCGGAAUCAUCGACAUUCUGCAGUCAUACAGGUUCAUCAAGAAGCUUGAGCACACCUGGAAGGCGCUGGUCCAUGAUGGGGACACGGUCUCUGUCCACCGGCCUAGCUUCUAUGCUGAGCGCUUCUUCAAGUUCAUGAGCAGCACCGUCUUCCGGAAGAGUUCCUCCUUGAAAUCCUCCCCAUCCAAGAAAGGGCGUGGUGCCCUGCUGGCAGUCAAACCCCUGGGGCCCACUGCUGCCUUCUCAGCUAGCCAGAUCCCCACCGAGAGAGAAGAUGCACAGUACGACCUGCGGGGGGCCCGAAGCUAUCCUACGCUUGAGGACGAAGGCCGGCCUGAUCUCCUGCCCUGUACCCCACCAUCCUUUGAGGAAGCCACCACGGCUUCCAUCGCCACCACCCUGUCAUCCACCUCCCUCUCCAUCCCAGAGCGGUCUCCUUCAGAGACGUCAGAGCAGCCCCGGUACAGGCGGCGCACGCAGUCUUCGGGCCAGGAUGGCCGGCCCCAGGAGGAGCCCCUCGUGGAGGACCCACAGAAGAUCACAGUGCAGGUGGAGCCAGUGUGCGAUGUGGGGAUUGUGGUCCCCAAGGAACAGGGCGAGGGAGUGGAAGUCCCCCCACCUGGGGCAUCAGCUGCAGCCACUGUGGAAGUGGACGCUGCCAGCCAGGCCUCGGAGCCCGCCAGCCAGGCCUCGGAUGAAGAGGAUGCGCCCUCCACAGACAUCUACUUUUUCGCUCGUGGGAGAUACUGGCUUUUCUCUCCCCGUCGUCGCCAACUGCGGGCCGUGACACCAAGCCACACAGGCGCUCCCACCGACGAGAGGAGCUGGGUGUACUCCCCGCUUCAUUAUAGCACACGGCCCGCCUCCGACGGCGAGAGCGACACAGUAAGUCCCUAGGCAGGGUGGGAGGACUAGGCCG